AUGGGUCGACGAAAGAUCGAAAUCAAGGCCAUCAAAGAUGAUCGCAACCGCUCCGUUACCUUCCUCAAGCGUAAAGGCGGUCUCUUCAAGAAGGCGCACGAGCUCGCCGUCCUCUGCUCCGUCGAUGUCGCCGUCAUCAUCUUUGGGUCCAACAAGAAGCUCUACGAGUUCUCGUCAUGUGACAUGCACGAGACAUUAAAUCGUUAUCAAUAUUAUGGCCCGCCCCACGAGCACAAAGGCCCCGAAGACUUCUCUGGGAAGCGCGACGACGACGACGAUGACGAUGAGGACACCCCGGCCCCCGAUGACAUGCACCCCACUCCCCCCCAAAAUCCACCCCCCAUGCUCCCGCCGCACAUGCAACAUCAUCCCGGUUUCCAGCACGUCCAUCAUGCCCCGUCCGCCUCACCCCCCCUUCCCAACGGCAUGCCCGUCAUUCCGCGUCACGGCACCCCCCAGCCCCAGGUCGUCUCCCGACCUUCGUCCCGCAAUAACCUCCGUCGCGUGAGCGGUCACCUGGCUCCGGGCCACCACCAGGCCACGCCCCCGCCCCCGCAGAAUGGCUUCACCUACAUGCCCAAUCCCUCCGUCUACCACCCUGGGGCCCCGCCACGACCCGGUCAUUACGCCCAGUUUGCCCAUCACGGGCCCAUGCCCCCGCACACCAUGGCGCAUCAUCACCCGCCGCCCCAGUCCGUCGCGCCCCCGCAACCGCAUCAUCAUGCCAUGGCCCAGCACGCGCCCGCCCUGACGCUGUCGCAAGCCCCGCCGCACCCCGCCGUCGCCCCCGCCUACUUGCCCGACCAGCGGAAUUCGAUGCCUCCCACCUUCCCCGCCGAGCCGCCGCCGUCCCACCCCUCGCGGACGGUCUCCAUGCCCGACGGUCCCGCGACCGACCACCCGCCCCGGGCGCCUCCGGUGAAGACCGAAGGGAGCCAGUCGCCGCAGCCGCCCCCACACCCGUCCCACCAGUCCCACCCCCCGCACCCGCCGCGGUCGCUCUCCUCCAAGUCCCGGAGCAUCUUCACGCCCAUCGACGACCGCGGCUCGGUGUUGGCGCGUCACUUCGGGCUGGGGCCUCCGUCGCCGCGCCCCGACACGACGGAUGGAGCCGGGGAGGCGUCGCGGGAGGCAUCGCCCGCCGUCGGGACGGCCGCGACGACGCAGUCCGCCCCGCCGCCCCCGCGCCGGGCCGCCACCGACACGCCCCGGGGGCGGCGUCCGCCGAGCUCAAGCCACCGUCCCGGACCAACAGCGGCCGGGCAGUGCCACCGCCGACGACUCCUCGUCCGCCGGCCACAAGGCCCUCACCCCGGCCAAGGCCAACAACCCGGACGGCUCCUCGUCCGCCGUCGUCCUCCCGCCGCCGUCCCCCUCCGCCGGCGCCCUCCUGAGCGCCGGGGCCCAGGGGCCGCCGAAUCCGUUCGCCCGGCCCCGCCCCCGGGCGCCGCGGCCGCGCAGAACGCUGCCGCCUACGGCGCCAACAACAACAUCGAGACCCCCAUUUCGGCGCUGCCCAGCCGGUUCGUCUCGGAUGCGCUCCUCCCGUCCCCCUCCAGCUUCUUCCCCGAGUGGGGUUUCGGCCGGUCCGGGCCCGACAGCAACAUGCUUCCGAGCCCGCUGACCUUCCCGACCCCGUCGGGGCCCACCGGCCCGGGCUUCUCCCGCGACGACGAGCCGGACAAGAAGCGCAAGAGUCCGGAGGGGGGAGGCAGCGGUGAGGGUGCCUCUAAGAAGACCAAAACGUAG